AUAGCAGCCAGUUACUGAGAACAACUUUAAAGCUGCGGAUGGAGAGGGUACGUGACUGGCUGCUGUUGACAGGUUUGCUGAACACCGUGUGCGCUCAGUUCCCCCGCGAGUGCGUGAGCCCAGAGGUGCUGAGGAGUGGCGAGUGCUGCCCGGCGCCGAGCGGCGCGCCGGGAGAUCGCUGUGGAUCCAGCCGGGGCCGGGGGGUGUGUGCAGACGUACAGGUCGACCUGGCAGCGCACGGCCCCCAGUACCCACACGACGGCGUCGACGAGCGCGAACGCUGGCCGCUCCGCUUUUUCAACCGUAGUUGCCGCUGUGCGGCUAACUUUGGCGGACCCGACUGUAGUAGCUGCCGCUUCGGCUGGACUGGCUCUGACUGUGGCCAGCCUCUGCGGAUCCUCCGCCAGAAUGUGCUGAGCUUGAGCCCAGAUGAGAGGGCCAGGCUGGUGUCGGCUCUGCAUAGGGCAAAGCUCACCCCUCACCCCGAGCUGGUAGUGGCUACCCGCCGCCGGCCCGAGCUGCUGGGCGCCGACGGCAACAGUCCACAAUUCGACAACAUCUCCAUCUACAAUCUCUUCGUCUGGACCCACUAUUACUCGGUAAGCAAGACCUAUCUGGGCGCCGGACGCACCUUUGGCGACGUCGAUUUCUCCCACGAGGGGCCCGCCUUCCUCACCUGGCACCGUUACCACUUACUGCAGCUGGAGCGAGACAUGCAGGUUAUGUUGGGAGAUCCGAACUUUGCUCUUCCAUACUGGAAUUUUGCUACUGGAAGAAACACCUGUGACAUCUGUACAGAUGACUUAAUGGGAGCCCGAAGCAACUUUGACCCUAAUCUUAUAAGUUCUAACUCUGUCUUCUCCCUGUGGCGUAAUCUGUGUGAAAGUUUAGAAGAUUAUGAUACAUUGGGAACUAUUUGCAAUGGCACUGAAGGUGGCCCAAUUCGCCGGAAUCCAGGUGGGAAUGUUGCCAGACCACUGGUGCAACGUCUACCCAAUUCCCAGGAUAUAGCACAAUGUUUAGACAUAUCAACUUAUGACACACCGCCUUUCUACUCCAAUUCAACUGAGAGUUUCCGAAAUUCAGUUGAAGGUUAUAGUGACCCUUCAGGAACAUACAAUCCAGCAGUUCGCAGUUUGCAUAAUCUGGCACAUUUGUUUCUUAAUGGAACCGGUGGACAAACUCACCUGUCCCCAAAUGACCCAAUCUUUGUGUUAUUGCAUACAUUUACUGAUGCAAUAUUUGAUGAGUGGUUGAAGAGAAGCAAAGCAGAUAUAUCCAUCUUUCCGGUUGAACUUGCUCCCAUCGGCCAUAAUGGAGCAUACAAUAUGGUUCCUUUCUGGCCUCCUGUUACAAAUCUGGAAAUGUUUGUGCCAGCAUCUGAAUACCUUGGUUACAGCUACGAAGUUGAAUGGCCAAAUCAGCCCCUCUCAUUGUUGGAGAUGAUUACGGUGGGGAUUCUGGCAGCUCUGGUACUGAUUGCUGUAGUUUAUACCCUCUCGACCAUCGUUUUACGCAAGAUGAGGAGAAAGCCGGCUGCCAGUGAACUGAAUGAACCUCUCUUAGAUACUCCACAGCAGCACUACUCACAUAAUAAUGAAUCAACCAUACUCCAAAAUGUAGCUUAAUCUACUACUAUGAUUGCACCUUUUGGUUUUAUUUGUCAUAUUUUUGAAAGGCUAAUGACAUGCUGCUAGCAAAACAGAAUGGCUUCCUGUUCAUACAUCACACGAGAUGUUAUCCAUGGAAUUUAUAUGCUGCCCUUGUAAUCAGUGAAAUAAUCCACUCAGUAUUGUAAUGAAAAUCUUUCUGCUGUUUUUGAAAGCCUUUCAAUAAAAUUUCAAAUUGAGGAACGUUGGAGAUAAUUUGUAAGCCUUGUUUAGUUAAGUAAGAAUGAUGACAUUUAUACUGAUGUAAAUUGUAUCUUUAAUAAACUACAUUACUGGCCUUAUGGUUAACUCAGUAAUGUGACCAUUGUUCAAAAUAAUAUUGAGUCAAAGAGAGUGAGAGCCUGAGAUUCAAAAUUGAGCCAAUAGUUCAUCUACAGCUUUUCAUACUCCGACCCUUCAAAAGCUAGGUUUGUUAAAAGUAGGACUAGAGUGUUCAACCUUUCAAAUCUGCAUGUCAUUCAAGGCAAUCGUUGCUGAUCAUCCAAAUAAAUAUCACAUUCCCAGUCACAAACAAGAGAAAAUUCUCAGAUGCUGGAAAUCCAAGCAAAACACACACAAAAUACUGGAGGAACUCGGCAGGCCAGGCUGCAUCUAUGGAAAAAAAGAGUAUGGCUGAUGUUUUGGGCCGAGACCCUUCAGCAGAACUGGGAAAAAAAAAUUAGUAGAUUUAAAAGGUGGGGGAGAGUAGAAAGAAACACAAGGUGAUAGAUGAAACUGGGAGGGGUGGGAUGAAGUAAAGAGCUGGGAAGUUGAUUGGUGAAAGAGAUUCAGGGCUGGAGAA